AUGGUGUGUGAGAGCAGAGGAGGCGUACGGCCGCUCUCCGUGUCGCGGCGCGGUGGUUUCUUCGAGGACCCUUUCUUCGCGGACGCCUGGGGCGACUACAGCUGCGCCGUGCGCCGUAUUGUCGACCGUUUCAACCACGGUUGGCUCGGUGAGCGCGCCACAAGGCAGGAGCCGAGCAGCGACAAGGCAGACGAGGGGCAGGCGACGCCCGGCUACCACUCCCUCUACCGCUCCCUCAGAGCCGCCAGAAUGUCUUAUGCCACUCAGUCCACUAAGUUCAAAGACGAAGGCAGCAAAUACAAGUUGGUGAUGGACGUCCGAGAAUUUGUAGGCGGAGACGUGACCGUGCGCACGGCUGGAGGCACGGUGUCCGUACGCGGCAAAGUGGACGUCAGUUUGCAAAAUCCGGCCAUCCGCAAAUUUGACCGGAACCAGGAACGCCGCAAGAAAACGCGGCAAGACAAAACCAAAGCUGAAGAGGAAGAAAGUGACACGGACUCGGUGGCAUCAGGCGCCUCCACUUCCACCAAGACUUUUGGCAGUAAUGACGUGCGUGUGAUUCCUGUGACGAUGGAGGGAGAUGAAGCCGUCGAUGAAGAACGAGGAAGAUGCCGUCGUAAGCGUCCGUCCACAUCUGAGCCCGCAAGUCCACUACCCAGUAAACGCACGCAAGCAACAGACGGAUCGUCUGUAGGGCCGAAGACGCGUGUGCGUAAAAGCGAUGGUUCGGCCGAGGAAAACAAUCAAACAACUUCUCCUCCGAACCCAAGCGAUGGUUCGGCCGAGGAGAACAAUCAAACAACUUCUCCUCCGAAGCCAAGUGAACAAAAAGGUCCUGGAACAGACGGAUCGUCUGUAGGGCCGAAGACGCGUGUGCGUAAAGGCGAUGGUUUGGCUGAGGAGAACAAUCAAACAACUUCUCCCUCAAAGUCUAGUGAACAAAAAGGUCCUGGUUCUUCUCUGGGCAGCAAACAAGAAACAAACCUGAGGAUCGAAAUAAAUACUGGGUCAAAAGGGGUCGAUUCGAACAACAGCUCCAAUGAAACUUUUGAAAGAGCUUCAGAAGGGCAUGGAAAAGCUCAAAGCAAAUCCAUUUUUAUCAAUGGAUUCGAAAACCUUUCGUCCAAAAAGGGUGAUCAGUUCCUGGGCAAGAAUGCAGCUGACUCCAACGCGGUGGAUGACAAUGUUGGUUAUGCUCGACAGAGUCGCAGUGCUCGAAGGAACUCAAAAUACGAAGCGGCUCAUGAGAUUACAAUCCCAGUUAGUAUGGAAACUAAGGAAAUGCCAAAUAUUAGAACCCCCAAAGAGGGAAAACAAAAAGUUUUUGACAUCAAAAUUCAAAGGGAAGAAGACAAAAUGGCUAACACUAACAAAGAGAACGAAGCUCCAUUCAAGCAGAACAAUGUAAAUUGUAUCAAUCGGUUAAAUCAUAUAGAAACUUAUAAAUCUCAAAACGGUGGAACCAAUGAUAAGGAUUGUCAUGAAGUCAUUGUCAACCAAGGAAGUGCCUCGAAGUUCGUUAAGGAGAGAUCUGAAAAGGACAAUAUUCAAUUUGAAAGUGAGCAUGUUGAGCGAAAAGCUAGCCCGAAGAGCUUCUACUAUUUUGGUGACUUACCAAAAGCUAAGGAAAAAGAAAUACAAUUUAAAGACUCUGUCCCUGAUGAUCCUCCAAUGAAAGGAUCGCCAAUCACAAGUGAACUGACUGCUCGAAAACAUGACAUGAAGGACUCGCGCGUUGGCCAUCGCAAGGGCCUUGACACAUUAACUGAUCGCUCUAAAGUCAUGACCGAUAUGAACUGCAAUUCAUCAGAGAGUGGGCUGUCCACUACCAGCACUUUAUCAUCGAAAGAUGAUACAGAUACAUCAGCCAAGUUGUCUUCACCACUUUUCUCGACUUUCAAGUACACAACACCGAAGAAAACUUUCACACCUCCGGACUCUCCUGUAGAGCAGCUCCUGACAAAGCCCAAUAAUCCGAGCUCGAAAAGGAAGAUUUCUAUGCCGACGCUGCCUUCAGAACUAGCUAGCCUUCACAGCCCAUCAAGCCCACCUUUAACAUCUAAAUCAAAACGUGUCCCUCUUGAACCCUGCAAGCCUCUUGCUCCUCUGGACCAAAGCAUUAGUGAAACCCCCGUUCCCGGCUACCGCAACGCUACGUGGAAAAUGGCAAAAAGCACCCCAUCGUCUCCUCCUCUUGGGAAAGAAGUAAGAGUUGAGCAUCGGCAGUCGUACAUGGAAGACGAUUUGUUCAAGGACUGCUGGAAAGAUUACAGCAACACGUUGCAAGAUGUCUUAUCGCGACUACAGGAGCUCUCGUCUGAGUUGGGUCAAACACCCAAGUUCUUGGUCAGCUCACCUCAUGGACCACCGGACCUGCCCUUCCCCGGCACCGGGGACCCGAAAAUGGGCCUCCAGAAUCUCGGCGUGCACAGUUUUGCCAAUUUGAAGCCAGCUGCUGGUGACGCCGAGGUUUCUUCGCCGGCUGAGAGCGACGACAAAAUCUCGUGUGACUUCGCGACUUCUGAGAAGAUAAAGCGCAGCCUCAUUGAAGUCGAGAAGAAAAAUCUAAAUUCGUUUACUCAAAGCGACAAUAAUGACGCAACUCCCACAACCACACCCGUCAUUACGCCUGAAACGGCGCCUAAACCGAAGCACCGCGAUGACGAUCAACACUCCCCACGUUUUUCUACUUUUUCAUCUUCUUCUCCGCUUGUUGAAGCUGUUCCCCAGCCAUGCACGGACGCCAAAUUAUGCACGCCUUGGCGCUUUACGAGCAGCAAGAACAACCUUGGCAAACCAACCCCCCCUUCUGCAGCACCAGCGGACAACACUCAAACAACAUCCGGUGGUGCGCGCCACAGGCCCACAUAUCUUCAUCUGAACAUAAAUGGUCAUGAUGGCGACUCGAAAAGUCUGCUGCAAAAUCUUAGGAAAAACAGUCCUGUAGAAGCGCUGCAGGAACACUACCUGCGGCAAAUGUCCCCCACGACCCGAGCGUCUCUGUCCGAUGCUGCAGGUGAAGGUUCAGUUCAUGUUGUGCCUAUGGUGGUGGCGGGAGGCGAGGCGAUAGACCGCAACUCCAAAAGUAGGCGCAAUGGCGGCAGUAGUGGCAUUGGUACCGUGACUGUAGGUGGUGGACCUUCCCUAAGCUCUUAUAAAAGUCCAGUGCUUCUUCCCGGCAGCCAAAGCCAGUAUUGUGACGAUCUUAGCGCUGGCAGCAGCUGUAGCGUUCGUUCCGACGAGAGCAAAAAAUCCCGAGCAUCGGAGAGUGAAUUGUGCAGCUCAAAGUGCCGUGACCAGACGCACCUCAGCUCAGCUGAUGUGACUCCCACACGAUCUCAUCCCACUUACCAGACACGACGUAUCCCACACCAACAAUCAUCCGACGUUGAGAACGUCAUUCCUGGUGUGAAAUCUAACAAAGAAUCCGUUAAAGCUGACAAUAUUUUUCAACGCAAAAAUGUGAACUCAAGUGCCGUACAAGACAAAAAUAAAAGCGAGUGUGCGAGAGAUGUGUUUAUAGACGCAGCUGGUGAAAGUAUCACUAGUGACCUCGACGCCGGCCAUCAGCAGAGCGGCUGCAGCAGCAGUGAGCUGGCUGACUCACCCACACCUACAGAUGCAGGAGGCGUGGCCUUCAAUGCUACCGCGCGCCUUGAAUCCGCACCAAAGCAGGACUCGCCUAAAGACCCGUCAUGCCUCCUGAAGGAUGAUACCUUCUCCUCCCACGACGAAGACGAGGAGGACUUGGACGAGCCGAAGGCUGCCACUAUGGACGUCGAGCAUCACCGUUCUUAUGGAUCGCCGCGCUCGUCUCGACACACAGAUUAUCGUCCACAGUCGUGGGCUUCAGACUCGACGCACGCCUCUGAUCACUCGAAAACCGGUAUUGCUGUAGACGCUGAGCGCAUUAUCGAGCACACGCGUAGGCUGUCCUCGACGACUCUCAACAACCUCGAUAGCCCCGCGCAAGCCGCACCUAAAUCAAGCCAGUACGUCAGCAAACGGCUCACUUUAGACUCAAGGCAGUCUUCGAAAGACACACGAGAAUCUCCAGAAUCUAAUGUGAGUUUAGAAGCCGAUUCGCUUGAGAAUGAAAAGAAGUCGAGCAACGAGGAGACUUCGGGUGACGAGGGAGUCAUUCACGCACGGUUGUCGUUUCCUAUUGAGCAAUUAAAACGCCCUAAUGCAUCACCAAAUAGGUACAGCUCUAGGGCGGAGCAUUGCGACUCUGACGCAGCGGAUUGUGUCCGCCCCUUGGCAGCAAAAGAGCCUUGGCCAGAGAAGAGUGACGUCACGGCAACUAGAGGACCAUCGUUGCCAGAGCACCUUCGGGACCCUCACUCUUCACUUGUCUCUCAGAAACAAAGUGACCUACUAUGCCACUUGCACGAGUCUCUGCAGCCUGACAUGGGCAGUGUUUUUUCCAAGGGUAGGACGAGGGGAACCAGCCAACCGCUUACCUUACCAGAAACUCCACUCUCACAUACUACCAAUCAAGUGCCACUCCGACCCCAUCGACUGAGGGAACGUUCACUUGAAAAGGAAGUUGCUCCUCCGUACGUCACUCAGAAGCCAGAACCACAGCGGCGCUACAGUGGCUUCAGUUAUGUCUCGUCUGAUAACGUCAAGCGCAUGCGCGACGUGUGGGGCGCUCUUCAAGAGAAACCUCCACUCAGCCCGGGCCCUGGCACUCCUCCACAGCACGCUCGGGGCUUUGCUUCUUCUAGGACGACUCCUGCGAGUCCUCGCUACCAACAAGCUCCAUCAUCGCCUUUCUCCAAUAGACGCAACGAAAGUCCUACGUCCUCCAGACCCCAAAGUCCGAACAGUCGCAUAUACAAUAAACGACCAAGCGUUCCAACAGCAGUCCAAGAGAGGCUGGAAAAAAGGGCAGAAAGCCCCAUUGCUGGCCGUCGCAGCCCAAGUCCUCAUAUCAUCAGACGGCCUAACGUUUCUUCGGCAGCUCCGGAAAGAGCGGAAAUUUCUAAUCAAAGUUCAAGCACCCGUAACCGAACACCUAGUCCCAAUGUCCAAAGGAAGAAUGGUGUGCCCUCUGCUAUCCAAGAAAGAUUGGCCAAACGGGCCGAAAGCCCCACUUUCGGACAUCGAAGUCAAGGUCCAGUUGUUCAACAAACGUCAAAGACACCUCCUACAUUGCAUGAGAGGCACCAGGAGCGCACCCAAAGUCCAUCUACGAGAUACCGCAGCUCGAGUCCUAACUAUUCCCGAAAGCCAACUGUUCCUUCAGCGGUACAGGAAAGAUUGGACAAACGAGCCGACAGUCCGUCAACGAGGUACCGCAGCCCCAGCCCUAAUAUCUACAGAAAAUCAACUGUCCCUUCAGCCGUCCCGGAACGCCUUCUUGAACGCCGAGCAGCCAGCCCAAGUGCUCGGUCUAGAGAUGCAGACGUUCGACAUAACGCCGCCACUACCAGUACCGACUCAUUGCGAGGGCAAACCUCCCGGAGUCCGUACAGACGAGAAAACUUCGAAGACAGUUUACGAAAAAGUCACCGAUCGUCAUCUGGAAAUCGGACCCAUGGCUCUCCUGAGAAAGCACGUUCAUCUUCAAGCCCGAGUAAAAUGGAUCAGAAAAAGACCAGGGACGGCAUCACUCCCCCAACGACACCUACUAGGAAAACGUUCCCGACUCACCUUUAUGAAAAUACCGACCGACCAGGAAGAUCCGGAAGCCCACGCACUUCUGCUCCCAGAAAUUCGUCCACGGCUUAUAACAAUAACAUCAACAAGACCCAUCACUGUAGCAGAUCGUCUCCAUCGCGAGAUUCCCCAACCCCCAAAACAAAUUCAUCGAACAAAAACACAAAUAGGAACCGGACAACAUCUACAUCUUCUAACAAAACUACAGCGUCAAAUAAGAGUUCAUCCGGAAAAUCUAGGACUAAAGCGUCACCCCAGAAUGAUGCGAAAUCGGCACCGUCUGUGCACAAAAGAAUAUUCAAGAGGUUUCGUGAUGCUAGCCUCAGACCGGACAGUGAAACUUUGUGCUUCGUCGAGCAAGAAGAUCGCUAUAAGAUGGUGCUGGACGUGGCAGAGUUCGUGUCUGGAGAGGUGGAGGUACUGCAGGACGACAAGGUCUUGACUGUGAAGGGCAGCGUAGAGACCCAGGAGGGGGAGGGCCAGUCUGCAGUGCGGACCUUCCAUCGCACCUUCAGCAUCCCGCAGAACUCUAAGGAGGAGGACAUCGACUCGGCGCUCUCAGAGGACGGCAUUCUCACCAUAUAUGUCCCGAAAAAGAAGGAGCGAGUCAUCAAGAUUGAACUAGUCGAUUGAGAAACACAGCCCGAAGUCAUGGCAGUUUUCAACACAACUUCGUUGACGCUAACGUCAUUGCCGGCAAAAUCUGAUGGCAGUUUCAACACAACUUCGUUGACACUAACGUCAUUGCCGGCAAAAUCUCUCGGCGCUGAUGUCGUUACAUGCUCUAAUAGAUUUAUCGCUUUGUUUCAUGAUGAUGAUUCUUAGUGAUUCCCUAAGCAUGUGCUUGAUAUUCGGCAAUCACGAAUAAUUUCUUGUAAAUUGUCACAUUGUGGCAGAAAUUGGCACUAGUUUAAGAGAUUUCAUUGUGUAAAUAUUAUAUAUAUAUAAUAAUAAAAUCUAUUAUAUAUAAUAAACAUAUAAUAAUAAAAUCCUAAGCCGUUACAGAGUCAAGUCUGCAACUAACUUUUUUCCAACCAUACGCAUCAGAAUCAUCGAAAUGUAGUGGACACCCUGAAAUUCUCCGAUGAAAAGGGAACAAACAUUUAUUUCGCGGCAUUUUUAUAGCCGUUGGAGUUUGUUAAUCUGCAAUUGCUGUAUUAUUUCUGGAGCAUUUGAAUACAUUGUUAUAGUGUAAAUAUUCACCUCAAAUUGUCUAUUAUGUCAGUUAUUUAGUUAA